CUUGUGGGAUCCACUACAAACCACAUGUCCUUCUACGUCACGACUGGUUUUCAAGAUGGAUGUCAUGGUACAAAUCAUACACACCGUCGGUGUCGCUUUCUACCGCUUCCCACUAACAUGCGCCCAUUCGGUGUAAAUUGACGCAUGCAACCUAUUGAUAAGUUUGCGGAUCAAGGCGAAUAAUAGUGAUCCGACGGUUUACAACCAUUGACUCUAAUAUGCGCCAUACUUUCCCCGGUUCAGUUUAGAUAAGUUUUAUGAAAAAAACUUUAUUUUGCGCAGGUUAAGAAUGUCACACAAAGCCUAGACAAAUACCUCACUGCCUCUCCUCUGUGUUUCUCUCUCCCUCUCUCCUUUUUGGGUGCUUUUGAUUUUGAUGGCAUAAAUCAUCCACAGUCUCGUGCAUUUACAGGUUCUAACAGCUCUUUUCUUCUUUUUUCUUUUUUUAUUUUUCCCUUUUUGCGUUUUAUUUUCUUUUUUCCAAUCCCAAUUUUCACUUUUAUUGGAUGUAAUACCAAGUGGAAACCUCAUUUUGGGAGUUCACCGGUGAUUUACAGUCUAGGGUUUUGAGAAAAUUGAUGUAUUUGGGUGGCUAUUGGUAUUGGGUUGAAUUAUUGGACAAUGUUAAAUGAGUGAAAGACGCUAUCUUUGUGCCGUUUAUCAGUUAUGCUGUGGAUUUGAAUUGUAAAUAGUGAAUGGGUAAUGUUGAAAUACCCAAAUGGCUAGAAGGGUUGCCUUUGGCUCCAGAGUUUCGCCCUACCGACACCGAAUUCGCUGACCCAAUUGCUUAUAUAUCGAAAAUUGAGAAGGAAGCUGGUGCUUUUGGUAUUUGCAAGAUUAUUCCGCCAUUGCCUAAACCAUCUAAGAAAUAUGUUUUCAACAACUUGAAUAAGUCGCUCUUGAAGAGCCCUGAAUUGGGUUCUCAUGGAAAUUCGGUGAACAAUCAUUCUUUGUCAAAAACAGCUUCAUUGGAUGGUAGUAAUGGAGAGGAGGUUCGGGCUGUGUUUACCACUAGGCAGCAAGAAUUAGGUCAGAAUGUGAAAAAAGCGAAGGGGGCAGUUCAAAAUCCACCCCCAUCUGUUCAUAAGCAAGUUUGGCAAAGUGGGGAGAUCUAUACUUUGGAGCAGUUUGAAACUAAGUCCAGGGCUUUUGCUAAGAGCCAAUUGGGUAUGAUAAAGGAAGUUUCUCCAUUGGUUAUAGAAGCAAUGUUUUGGAAAGCUGCUUCUGAGAAGCCUAUGUAUGUGGAAUAUGCUAAUGAUGUACCAGGUUCAGGUUUUGGGGAACCCGAGGGUCAAUUCCGCUAUUUCCAUAGGCGUAGGAGAAAGAGAAACUUUUACCAUAGAAGUAGAGAAGGCAGUAAUUGCAAAAACAAUGAAGUGGUUACAAAUGGAAUAGUUGUUUCAAAUACCAAUGCGGAUGCUUCUCAUAUAAAUGGUUCUGAUGUAUGUGAAACACCAACUUCCAUACCAAUGAACCCUCUUAAUGGAACUUCACAAUCAUCUAAAAAGAAGAGUCAAUAUUCUUCUUGUGAGAAGGAGGGUAGUGCAGGUUGGAAGCUAUCAAACAGUCCUUGGAACUUGCAAGUAAUUUCACGGUCACCUGGCUCACUUACUCGUUUCAUGCCAGAUGAUAUCCCGGGUGUUACUUCUCCUAUGGUGUACAUUGGUAUGUUAUUUAGUUGGUUUGCGUGGCAUGUUGAAGAUCACGAGCUUCACAGCAUGAAUUACCUUCACACUGGAUCUUCAAAGACUUGGUAUGCUGUCCCUGGGGAUUAUGCAUUUGCUUUCGAGGAAGUUGUGCGUUCUGAGGCAUAUGGUGGUGAUAUUGACCACUUAGCUGCACUAACACUACUUGGUGAGAAGACUACUCUAGUGUCCCCUGAGGUAGUUGUUGCAUCUAAUAUACCUUGUUGCAGGUUGAUUCAGAAUCCUGGUGAAUUUGUCGUGACAUUUCCAAGGGCUUACCAUGUAGGAUUUAGCCAUGGUUUUAAUUGUGGGGAAGCUGCUAACUUUGGGACACCACAGUGGCUCAAAGUGGCUAAAGAAGCUGCAGUGCGUAGAGCUGCUAUGAAUUAUCUUCCCAUGCUUUCUCAUCAGCAGUUGCUAUACCUGUUGACAAUGUCAUUUAUGUCAAGAGUGCCGAGAUCCUUGCUUCCUGGUGUGCGGAGUUCUCGUCUGAAGGAUCGCCUGAAAGAAGGAAGAGAGUUUUUAGUAAAGAAGGCAUUUAUUGAAGACAUAUUGAAUGAAAACAAUACCUUAUCUAUUGUUCUUCAAAAAGAUUCAAGAUAUCGUGCUGUAUUAUGGAAUCCUGAUAUACUAACAUAUCCAAGCAAAGAGACUCUUGCACCCACUGCAGGUGCCAUUGUUAGUACAAGUUCAACAGCAACAGAAAACACUCCCCUCGAUUAUAGAAAACAUGACAAUGAGCAAAACAAUCUUCUUGAUGAGAUGAAUUUGUAUAUGGAGAAUUUGAAUGAUUUAUAUUUGGGUAGCGAUGAUUUGUCAUGUGAUCUUCAAGUUGACUCAGGGGCAUUGGCAUGUGUAGCUUGUGGUAUCCUUGGUUUUCCAUUUAUGUCUGUGGUACAACCAUCCGAAAAGGCCUCACUAGAACUUCUUCAUGAUAAUCAUCUUCUGUUUCAAGAAUGCCCUGGAGGAUAUUUGAACUGUUUUUCCUCUCUGGACCUCGAUGUCUCUAAUAAUGCUUCUAUUACAGAGAAUGUUUCUACGGUUUCCAAUCCUCCUUCAAUGGAUCUUCCAGUACCUUCAGUUAACAAGUUUGAUGGUGGUCAAAAUGCUUACAAUAAAUUUCUGAGACCACGUAGCUUCUGCCUGGAACAUGCUGUUGAAAUUAUAGACAUUUUACAGGGUAUAGGUGGAGCAGAGGUGCUUGUAAUUUGUCAUUCUGACUAUCAGAAGAUAAAGGCACAUGCUGCUGCCAUUGCAGAGGAAAUUGGUAGCCCUUUUAAUUAUAAAGAGGUUCCUUUAGAUAUUGCAUCGAAAGAUGAUCUGAACUUGAUAAAUAUUGCUAUUGAUGACGAACACGAUGAAUGUGGUAAAGACUGGACAUCAAAAUUGGGGAUCAACUUGCAGCACUGUAUCAAGGUCAGAAGAAACUCCUCCUCUAAGCAAGUUCGACAUGCUCUUACAUUGGGUGGGUUGUUCUCUGAUAAACCGUCCUCUCAAGAUUUCUCGCCUCUCAAGUGGCAGUUGAGAAGAUCUCGUUCAAAAAAAAUUUAUGUUAAACCAUUUGAUAGUGCUCAAGUGAAGAAAGUAGUGGGUGAAACAUCUUCCACCAUUGAGAAGGAAAAAAAACUGAUUCAGUAUUCAAGAAGGAAGUUCAAUAGAAAACCAGGUGGUUUAACAGGAGCAGGUAAAUUUUGUGGACAACAUGCUAAAGGGGGAGAUCUUGAUGAACUUGCCAAAAGAGCAUCUGAAACUGGUAAUGAUGUUGGGAAUUCCACAAGCUGUAAAUUCUCAGCUUUAAUUAAGAUAUCGGAAACACACAAUGAAAACCAGACAUCUGAAGCAACUUGGAACAAUAGCAUGAAAGCUAGCUGUGGAAGUGUUGAGAAUCAAGUUUUGAAGGAAAUGAAUUUGGAUAGUCAAGCUUGUCUUGUAGCAAGUUCUGAUGCUUCUAAGAUGCAAGAUGAGAGCAGUGUUCCAACCCAAAAAGUCAGCAUAACCGAUAAGCUUGUUGAAAAACUAGAGGCUUGUCCAUUUUCCCAUGAUACUAAGGAAAGCUCCGGACUUCUAGGAGAUCAGCUUAAAGUAGGACAAUCUAACAAAACUGAUGGGGCUAAUGUUGAUUCUGAAGGGCACUCCAAUGUCAAGGCUGGCAAGGAGGGUGUUUUGACUGAUUUGAAUUCUGAUCUUUCUAACAUGACAAACUCACAUGCUAUUGAAUCCCAGGAUGACAACUUGAUGGGACAAAUAAAAAAUGCUGUAGUGGAGAAUGUUUCCAUGACUGUUGAAGUUUGUGAUUCUGUUUCUGUGGAUAAAGAAGUGACGCUAGUAGUGCAUGCUACCAGAAUUGAUGACGGGGAACCAGUUUCUUGCAACUCUACAGUCAUAAUAGAUAAUAUUGGUACUUCAAAGGAAGAAUGCUUUAAUUGUUCAGGAGAGAUCUGUUCUGUAGAAGACCCCAGCAGCAAUGGUAAAGCUCUUAAAGUUGAAUCAGAAGAAGAAAUUAAAACUAGAAUAAACAAAUACCCUCUUGCCUCAGUUGAAGAAACUUCUAAAGCUCGGAGCGAGACUCAUUCUACAAAGGAUUUUAGUGAGACCAUUCCUGUCUUAAUUGAAGAAACUUCUGAAUUUUUAAGUGAUCCUUCUUCUGCAGCUAAAUUAUGCUGUGCUGUGGCUUCGGAACAGAUUCUAAAGCAAAAAGUUGGGACUUCAGAUGGGAGUAGUGAGGAACUUGCUUCUAGUUCUGUGACACAAAUGGAAGUCCACCACCGUCAUUGUGUUUCAAUAGAGGAACAUUCUGAUGUUCUCAGGGAAAGCUCAGUGGAAGACGACUUGGGAACGGAUGUGACUUCAGAUAAUGGAUUUCAUAAGGAAGCCUCGAUGAAAAAUGGAGAGCAGAGAUCAGUUUCUCCUGUUACACAAACAGUUGAUCAGCCUACACCCAUAAGUGUUGGAGAAUCUGAAACUCCAUGGAAUCCUUCCAAAGAACAUCCCGGUGAUGGCUUGACUUUAGAUGAUAAAAAGAGGAAAAGUGAGACCACUGCUUUGCCAAAUAGCAUUUCCUUCCAAAAAUGUUCAAGGGUUAGAAGAGAGACUCAUACUAAUGAAGACUUGUGCAACGGUAGUGAAGUUUGUUCGUCGCAGGAUGAUAGAGCAUUGGAUAGCGAGUCUAAAGAUAUAGACACUUGUUCAAACCCAGUAAAAGGAAGAAAGAGGAAGAAAGAGAUAGAACUACUAACAGAAAACCAGUUCAGUUGCAAUGGCUUUACGAGGAGUCCAUGUGAAGGGUUAAGACCAAGGACUUUGAAGGAUGCAACAAGUUGUGAAACUGAUACCCUUAGAGAAGUCGAGAGAAAGCCUGCAGUGAAGGUAAAGAAAACUUCAAAUGUUAGAGGUCCUCCUAAGGAUAAGAAAGAAAAUUCAAGGAAGCCUCACAAAUGUGACUUAGAAAGCUGUCGCAUGAGUUUUGACACUAAGGCAGAGCUAAUGUUGCACAAACGUAACCGCUGCCCACAUGAAGGGUGUGGAAAGAGGUUUAGCUCUCAUAAGUAUGCGAUGAUUCACCACCGUGUUCAUGAUGACCAGAGGCCCCUCAAGUGCCCCUGGGAAGGUUGUUCAAUGUCUUUCAAGUGGGCAUGGGCAAGGACUGAGCAUAUACGCGUGCACACCGGAGAGCGACCAUACCAGUGCAAGAUUGAUGGAUGUGGCCUCUCUUUCAGGUUUGUAUCAGAUUUCAGCCGGCAUAGACGGAAAACAGGACAUUAUGUGAACUAGCCAGCCUUUCUGGGGGUGACUGGGAGGCCCUAGAUUCGCACAUCAUUUGGUCUACUUUUCCAAUUCUUGUUGAUGAGAAUUAGGUUAGGGACAUUUCUUUUAGCAGUUCUCAUUCACUGAUACUUGAAUGGCCCUUUUUUGGUGGGUUCCCCUUGUUAGCUUUUCAUUUGAGCAUUCUGAAAUUGUAUAAUCUUCUGGCAUAGCCACAACGGUUUGUAUAAGUCGAGGCUUGAAAGGAAGUCUCAGAGUUGUGGCUCCUGAAUUCUUGGCUGGAUGUCUAGAUGUAGAUAAUGAUGCUCCUAGUUUCUGUAAAUCAUUUCUUUUUUCAAGUAAAAUUUCUACAAAAUUCUAUUGUGA